AUGCAGCAACGGUUAUUGCAGAGACUUCCGGGGACUUUUAAUGGAAUUUCGAGUCCUUACAUGUUGAAGCCAUUGUCGUUUGUGAGGAAUAAGAGAACUAAAUCGAGAAACAAUGCGCUCAGCCCACAAGCACAGAGAGUGGUUACUCAACUGAGUGUUCUUUCUGCCAGGAAAAAAGUUCCGAAGCUCUUAAAAUUAAGUAAAGAGGACCUUAUUAAGCAUCAAACCAUCACUAAAGCUUGGUCGAUCUAUCAGGACAUCAAGAAAAAUGAGCGACAGAACAAUCUGAAACAACAAUACAAUAGUAUCAAUGAAGCAAUGGAUUUGUUACAAAGUCUAAGCCCUAAUUUAUAUGCUGUAGCCAAUGUAAAUGAAGCCGGUAAGAAAUUUCCAUUGGAACUUAGAGUGCCAACGGAUUUUCCACCAGAGAAACUUUGGUACUAUGACUAUAAGAAAUCUGAAUGA